GGCUCCGCUCCAUGCUUUUUCCAACGCUCCAUUUUGUCAGAGCUGCUUUGUUUUUCAUGGAUCAUCAUCUUUCACUUUCUUUCUUUUUGCUGGUGCUGCUAAAACAAAUCGGCUUUUUUACCAUUUACGCAUACAUAAAGUAGCAAGAUCAACAUCAAGUGAUAAACCCUAAACCCUAAAAACAAAGUUCAACCGUCGCAAGGGUGUAGUUGUAAAACGGUUGCAUUGUUGUAGUUCGUUUAUGUAGAAGUCUUGAAUGACCUAGACGGAAGUGAGCCCAUUAGUCUCGUGUUGUACAGGUGCCAGCAUCGAUUUUCUUUCUGUGCCCGAUGGAUAUGGAAGGUCUCAUUAUGGACAACGAGGUGCGGUCCAGGAGCAGUAACUACAGAGUGCGUUCGUUUUUUAACCGCCCGACUUCAGCAACUAACGCGUUGCGUCAACCAAGUUGCGCGACUGGUGACGAUGGAUUGACGCAGUCAAGUCUUGUGCGUCUCAAGCACGGGAACAAAGAGGGAGGCUUUCCUGCAGAACAAGAAGCACCAAUUGCGUCCUGCAGCCGCACGACGUCAGCAUGCUGGAGUCUGUCGAGGUUCAGGACAUUAUCAGCGUUCACUUCACCCUCGUGGCACCGCCAAAAUGUCGUUAAGGAAAAUCGAAAAAAUGUGCGAGUAGAAAAGAACCUUAAGCACCCAAGUAAGCGAAACCGACCUGCAGGACCAAAAUCGGGUGUGGCAGCAACACUAACAAGAGCGCAGCACCGUCAAGCAUUGCGCGCUAGUCCCAUGCGGUUUCCGCGAUUGUGGAAGAGGUUUUUCCUCGUGGCCAGCGGCGCUGUGGCCGCGCUGGGUGGCGGUGGGCGGAGCAACCAAAGAGGCUCUACCUCUUCCGAGGACUCCGCGGCGGCCGCCGGCCCCGAGCUGCAGCCCGCGGGUACAACACAAAUGCUGCAACAAGUGGCCAAGCCGGCCUCUCUGCAACUCGCCCUCUCGGACCCCGUGGAGGAGGGAAAAAAAGGUGCGUACUUCUACUUGAGCGAGGGACAGACGAGAACAUUCGUGAAAGUCCUCGAUGAGGGCCAAGUGUUCAGCGUGAAGUACACGGUGAGCGAGGACCGUGCCACGCACUGCCGGCUCGAAUUCCGAGACACCAACGGUGUCGUCCGCAACACGAAAAACGUGGCCCCCAACGACAAGGGCGAGUCUGCGGGCAAGUUCAGCAUCUUGACCAACAUGGAAGGAGAACACUCGUACAUAAGUUUGUUUCGUUUGCUAGACCUAAGGCCCUUACUGGGUAAAACUAGUUUGUUUGGUGUAGGAGCGAUUUUUUCUGCUUAUAAUAUGUCAUUUGAAGUAGAUCAGGAUGACGAUCAGGCUCAAUUGCAGCGAUCGAUGGAGACCUUUCAUGGUAGUGACGGUAUGCACAAAUAAACGCGAAGGUUCUCAGUAAUCUGCGGAGAGACGAACUGGUGGGGAAACCAGCUGAAGAGCAGGUGGACUGUGGCCUUAGAGACCGCAGCAAUUGAGGAUGCCGAUGCCAGCAACAUCGCAAACAUAGGGAAAUGCAAAGUCAACAUUACCGCUUCUGCUCAAUACUGAAGCGUCGCCAGGACUUUGUGUAUGUCAGGUUCAAGGAGGUGGUAAGUAAGUCUAAGUAUACUCUAGGUCAUCUUCUACGUCUACUCCACGCGAUAGGAAAAAUCACUACGUGGUUACAGCAAUCGGUGCCACAGCAGGACUACAGUUGUGGUGCUCUUCCCUGGUUCAUGUUGGUAAAAAGCGAGUGAGCAAGGAGCAAACUUCGUCUGUUUUCUCGUUUCCAUACUGUCUAUAUGAGCAGCGGGGGCUGGUAAAGGCCAAGGACAUCAACACCCUCGACGCGCUGCUGAAGGAGUCGGUUUCGCAGACCGAUCUGAUUGCGGCCGAAAACGAGUACGAGAAGAAGCAAUUGGCGAAGUUCGAGUACCUAUUGGAAUCCGCCAUCUCCACUAUGAUGUCCGUCAACCUGGGCAUGAUUUUCCUCAUUUUGGUAACCAGCAUUUGGCAAGUAUGGCAUCUAAAACACUUCUUCCGCGUACAGAAACUUUUGUAAUGAAUCAGUCCUGAUUUUUUGUGACAGAUUUGCGAACGCGUUGUUUUGGACUCUCUCUCUCGCCGCUGCUGAUUGAUGGACCAUGAUA